AAUUUUUUAAUACAAUGGCAACCUUUUUGUUAACUAUAAUUGUUUUAUAAUCAUAUAACAUUGGUAUAAUGUUUUACUACUUACUUAUCAUAACUUCUAACAUUUUCAGUUCAAUAUACAAAUAUGCACAUAUGUACAUCAAACCCAAAAAUUAUUCGAUCAGAAGUGGAAAACAUGAGAGAUGAUUUUAAUAAUAGGCUAACCCAAAUACUGUUUUCUUCUUUUUUUUCAGCAUAUUAUGCAUGCUUUUUGCCACUAGUAUUUGUACAAACAUAUGUGGUUUAUGAAGAACAUUGGGUGUUAAUGCAUUUUCCUUUUGUAAUGAUGACUAUGGGCAUGAUGUUAUGUAUACAUUAUUAUCCUGUUAAGUAUUUCGAUCACUUACACAAAGCAGCUAUGCACUUGGGUCGUUGGAAGAGAGUAAAAUUAGAUCGCCCUCAUUUGCCCAUACACUUAUGGUCAGAAGAAGUGGUAUGGCAACAAGGAUCAUUAGUUCGACAUAAUCAAUGUUUGUAUAAGGCUGAAGGAGUAUCRAAUGUAGCUGAACCAGGAAAAAAUGCUGAUAAAGUUUUUUAUAGAAUUUUCAGUAAUCCUUCAGAAACGAUAUUUUUCACAUUGGCUUCUAUGCAAGUAUCAUUUAUGAUAGUAUUGAUUAUUGCAUUGGUCAUAAGUUUUCAAUGGCAUCACAUAUUUUAUCUUUCAUUUGUAAUGCUAUUAAAUUAUGUUACGCUGUGUAAGACUUUAUUUAAUUAUCGUAUGACUGCCAAGAUAUACAAAUUGCUGAAGGAAAAAACUCAAUAGAAAAUGUUCUGAAUUGAGAAAACCUUAAUGUUGGACUUUUACAUAUUUUUUUUUUUUUCAUCCAUCAGUUGUUUGAAUAUAAGUGUGUUUAAUAACUAAAUAAUGAAAAACUAUUAAYUUGUGUUAGAUUUAAAUUGUAUUAUAACAUAAGAUUUGAAUAUUAUUUUAUCAUGUACAGUAUUUAAAGAAAAUUCCUUUGCUUUGCUCAAAUCGUGAAUAUUUUUAGCAAGAAUAAUUGUGAUUUUCUUACAUUCUUUUUCCAACAAUUAUAUUAUUAAUAGUGACGUUAUAAAGUUCCUC